CCCGUGCUUUCGACCAUUUUAUUACAAGUAAGAAAUACUCAUAAUAAGGUUAAAUAAACUUCUUCAUAGAAUACAACUCCUAGCUUGGGAGUGAAUGAACAGCAUAGAGCUAUGACAUGACGUUGGCGAUAUGCUACAAGUCAGGAUUAGACAAGGAUACUCAGGGAUCGACCGAAAACAAUCGAAGUUGUACAGCUGACAAAGUAUAAAUUUUGAUCAAGCCUAUUGCCCCCACUCUUCCUUACUUCCCUUUCCUCGCCAUGUGCGAAUUUUGCAACUUCAAGUCGAGUCCUCCACCUCCCCCACCUCCUCCAGAAGAACCGCCACCGCCGCCGCCAACACCUGCUCUCCCAGUCUUACCGCCAGAGUACAAAUUUUACUUCUAUUCCAAUGGCCCACCAGCGGAACCAGGUGCUCUACCUCCGCCGCCUCCACUACCACCGGUGGAAGUAGUCGAAGAGAAGGUAAGGGUGAUUCAAAAGGACGGUGUUUAUAAUAGAAAGAUGCUAAAAUUGAUCAUAAUAUAUUAUCAGCCUGAGCCACCAAAGCCCACCUGGUGCUCUCCAAGACAGCCUGAAGCAGAGAAGUGUGUCAUAAUGUAAAGCGAGGCUAUGAGCAGCAAUACCGUCAAUUACAGUGUACUUUUUCAAAUAUGUAUAAUUUUCAAUCCAUUUAAGCAUGCAAUAGAUGACGCAA